AAAAAUUGUAUCUGGUUCAGCAACAGUAUUGGUUGGGUUAUCAUUUCACUCGAGCCUCAGACACUCACCUAAGCAGCCAACAUGUGUGACGACGAAGAAACUACCGCCCUUGUGUGCGACAACGGCUCCGGCCUUGUGAAGGCUGGCUUCGCCGGAGAUGAUGCCCCCAGGGCCGUCUUCCCCUCCAUCGUUGGCCGCCCCCGUCACCAGGGUGUCAUGGUCGGUAUGGGUCAGAAGGACUCCUACGUCGGCGACGAGGCACAGAGCAAGAGAGGUAUUCUGACUCUGAAGUACCCCAUCGAGCACGGUAUCAUCACUAACUGGGAUGAUAUGGAGAAGAUCUGGCAUCACACCUUCUACAAUGAGCUGAGAGUGGCACCCGAGGAGCACCCCACCCUGCUCACUGAAGCCCCCCUGAACCCCAAGGCUAACAGAGAGAAGAUGACCCAGAUCAUGUUUGAGACCUUCAACGUCCCAGCCAUGUAUGUGGCCAUCCAGGCUGUGCUGUCCCUGUACGCUUCCGGUCGUACCACCGGUAUUGUGCUGGAUGCUGGUGAUGGUGUCACCCACAACGUCCCCGUCUAUGAGGGUUACGCCCUUCCCCACGCCAUCAUGCGUCUUGACCUGGCUGGUCGCGAUCUUACCGACUACCUGAUGAAGAUCCUGACUGAGCGCGGCUACUCUUUCGUGACCACCGCUGAGCGUGAGAUCGUGCGCGACAUCAAGGAGAAGCUUUGCUAUGUGGCUCUGGACUUCGAGAACGAGAUGGCCACCGCUGCCUCCUCCUCCUCUCUGGAGAAGAGCUACGAGCUUCCCGACGGUCAGGUCAUCACCAUCGGAAACGAGCGUUUCCGUUGCCCUGAGACCCUCUUCCAGCCUUCCUUCAUUGGUAUGGAGUCUGCUGGUAUUCAUGAGACUGCCUACAACAGCAUCAUGAAGUGCGACAUUGACAUCCGUAAGGAUCUGUACGCCAACAACGUGCUUUCCGGUGGUACCACCAUGUACCCUGGUAUUGCUGACCGUAUGCAGAAGGAAAUCACUGCCCUGGCCCCCAGCACCAUGAAGAUCAAGAUCAUUGCGCCUCCCGAGAGGAAGUACUCCGUCUGGAUCGGUGGCUCCAUCCUGGCUUCCCUGUCCACCUUCCAGCAGAUGUGGAUCUCCAAGCAGGAAUACGACGAGGCAGGACCCAGCAUUGUUCACAGGAAGUGCUUCUAAAUCCUCAACCUUCGCAGCUUCUCCAUCCUUUACACCUCAAGAUAUCUGGAGCAAAGGAGGAUCAACCUCUGCGGCACUUCAACACACUGCUGUCAAUGGACUUGUUGUCUGCCAUGUUGGCAAUUAUAUGCAUUGUUUUAUUAUUUUAAAAUGUGCAUAUUUUGUAGCUGUUUGUUGUAUGUGUUGCACGGAGAAAGGCUGGGAAAUCCAACCCUGAACCAUGCAUACACCCAAAGAAACCUUUAAUAAAAAAAUAAGAACAACAUGUUGA